AUGAGCGAGGGUAGUAGCUCAUCUACAGCUGACGAAUCAAGACAUCACAAAGGAUUUGACAGCGGCGUGUUUUCUUCUGUAGCUCCAAUGGCAAUCGAGAGAAAUGGACCAGCAUCGAUAUCAACAUUGAAGAUGACAAAAUCUGACUCCAACAGCGGCGGUGUCGGCAGCAGAACGUUUGCAAGCAUGUGCAAAUGGAGUUGGCUACCGUCUUUAAUCUUCUUUACCUUUGGGAUCUUUUGCAUGUCGGCUGCGCUUUUAACUGACCGAUGGGCAGGAAUAAGGAUUGACUAUAAAAGUGGACCGGCAGUAGGCCGCAGCCACACAAUGUUGGGUUUUAAGGACCUGAAGCGUUUGGACUUCUUUCACAUCUUUGAUGCGACCAUGAUGUUAUCAAGAACUCUGCCAUAUACUACGAUCAUCAAUGAUUCAUACUGCGCAGAAGAUAUCAACGGUGUUAGCAAAGUCGAACUAGAUGAUUAUCCCGCUGUUUUAAGGCGCAUAGACCAGGUAGGAUUGCUGGAUCAUGAUAAAGAGGUGGAAUUCAUCGCAAAACAUGGCCGCGUAAUCUACGAUGUCUUGUGUAGCUCUAUUCCAAAGUUGGCACAUGAUGGGUACGUCUUGCUGACUCUGCUGCCUAUGUCGUUUAUUCUCUAUUUCCCGCUUAUCAUAAUGUGUCUCUUACGGAAUAUUUUUGACAAGACGUCAACCCCGAAAAGUUGGUAUGAAACGAUAGAGAUAGUUGCUAUAAUCACGUGGGUUAUUUCGUUGGUAUUAGGAGCAAUUGGAUUGACCUACUAUUGGGUGAGUGUAUCGAACCCUCUGUGCGUGAACGGUUUUGGGGAGCUUACGGGUUGCGUUGUCCACUCUAGCGUGGUCCUUACUUUGCUGUACGUGCUAAGCAGCUUCAUUUCGUUGGUGUCGUACGUGUUUUACGGCAUCAGCGUGAAGAAGGGUGCGGGUCACGGCGCAGUGAGGUGGACGAUGAGUGGUUUCCGCCGCGACACCGAGGCAUUGUGA